AAACAAUGAACCAUAGUCUCCUACGAUUGAUUGAGAAGUCGAUUCAGUUCAAUUCAUUGACGCAAACUUCCCAGUUUCGUGUUAGUAUAAUACGCGGAACACUUUAUGCUUCACUGCUAGCCUGCUGAGACUAUGGACGUCAUUGCGUACACGUACACCCACCACCAUUUAUAUAAUGAUACCAAUUGCAUCUCUCAUUCCACAAUCAUCUCACACACACACACGCAGAUAUCUGUCUGAUACCACCUCAGUCUUCACAACAGCGCGUGAAGAUUAGAUUUAACUAGCGAAAUUAAAAGGCGAGUUUAGACAGGCCUAUAUCUUUUAUGUGUCCUGUUUGUAUCCUAAAAGCAUUUUUUAUAUUUAAAUAUCAUUUCUAAACUUUACUUGUCUCUUAAUUGCAGACUCACUGUUGACGUUAGUGAUCCAUAUAAAGAGCUGUUAUUCCCACGUGUUUCCCAAGUGAACCACACGUGAAAUAAAAACCAAGACAAGUCCACAAGAAGUAUAUUUCAUCUCCAUAAGAAAUGGUUAUCCCAGAGUCGACGAGGAAAGAUAGUCGUCAGUCCUGGGUAUAUUUAUCAUUUGUCUCUGUUAUAACGUUUUUUGUGUUUGGUUUUCUUGAUUCCUAUGGCGUCCUGUUGGUCUUCCUUGUUCAGCAUUUUAAGGAGAAGAACAGCAAAGCAGGUUGGUGUAUAUUAAACGACGCUUUAGUUAAACACCCUAAGAUAACAAGGACGUAAAACUUGAAUCUUGUGACUGGUGGAUUUCACUAUGUAUAUAUUACACGGCAGAAGAUUGACGGCUUCGGAAAUGUCGACACUUAAGCCAAACUCCAAAGACUGGUUUUAUAUAGUAUCAAAAUUUCUGUGGAUUUUGCAUCGAUAAAUGAAGAAUUUGUAAGAAAUCUUUGAAGGAACCGACUCGUAUGUCUUACAAAUACUUCGAAACUUAAAACUUACCUGUGCAAAAUUUUUACUGUGAUUAUGUAUAAACCAGUUUUAAUAGGCGCAAGCCGGCAAAUUUAACUACAACUCGACGUUUUACUUUAUUUUACACUCUCUAUCAUAACUGCAGGUUAACCACCAUCUCAGUAAUGUCCGACGAUAGUGCUGGGUUAAAACUCACUAACUAUACCGAGAACCUUUUUCACAUAACGGCUUUCUAAAGUUAUAUGUUUUAAAAUGGUACACGUUAUCAUUUAAGCACAUCAGUACCGAAAUGAAGUGUGAAGACAUUUGAAAUUCUUUAACCUCGAAAUUAUCAAACAUUUUAAAAUAAAAUAGCACAGAAGAUGUACUGUCUAUAGUACAAAGUUCAAAAUGUUUUUUAAAUUAAAGAAUUCCCAUCGCCUAUUGCGUAAUUAUGUUUCAAAAUCGAUCUCCUGCAGCUAGUCGGAACUGUCGGAUAAGCAAUUUAUAGCAAUAUAAUUGCUUUAGAUUUAACACAAAAAGACCUUUCCAUCGUGUGGGCUGUACUUGGCAAUGCUACUAUGAGAAACCGAAAGUGCUAUUCUUGAGUUUCCUGUCAAAAAGUUUUUAGCAGAACUUAGUGUUUUCCAGUUAUAUGUUCCCAGACAAUGCCCGCAUUGACAAUGGUGUUGAAAUUUCAUUGAAAACGUAACUAGUGUGUUUAACCGAGCAUAUAAAUUUCUUGAUAUUACCCAUCUUUAAUAAUAUUGUAUUGGCUGUAACUAUUAAAUUAAAGCUCUUAUAAUUAUGAUAAUUAUCCGCGGUGCUAUUAUGCGCCAUAUCCUUAGUUACAUAAACGUUGCAUUGGGAAAUUUUCUCGUUUAAAAUGUAAGGAAUUCUUGGGGGAAAUACCAAGCAUUUUAUGACUGCGAUAAACUGCAUUUACAGUACCCGUCUUCCUAACCACAAAUGUUUGCCCAUUAAUUAGCUAACCCUUAGAUACUCAGUAGGUCAUUAGAAAUCGAUUUGUACCUUCGAUAGAACGCUUUAGAACUGCUUAGUUGUUCUAGAACGGGGGUUAUGUAAUUACAAACACCUUUCAAGAUAUUAAAAUAUGAAUUUAGUUGCCAGCACAAAGGAUUGAUUUUCGAGGAAAGAUUAUGCUACAAAUUAUGAUUAAUAUUAAUAGGUUUCUUGCUAAUAAUAUAUAUCCGUGAUCUCUGCCAGAAUUACAUCACCAUAAGCAUAUUGGUAUAGAUCCUUAAACGGUUUGACUGGCAGUUUUUUGUGUCUAAUUAAACUUCUUCAACUCUGACUUAACUUUAUUUGGUCAUAGCUUAACUUUCUUUAGUUCACCACUCAGUUAGAUAUAGUCUGACUAUCUUACAAAGAAAUUAUUAGUUUAUUCCUUAAAGGCAAAUGCAACUUUUAUAUUUUUAUCAAUUUAUCCUCUAAACUCUAAAGACAGAUGUGAUUAACUCUUCCAUUUUAUUGCUUUUUUUAGCGUGGGUCGGUUCGUCCGCCAUGUUUGGAUGUUUCUUCUUGUAUCCCAUAAGCCUCCGCAUGCGUUACAAAUACGGCAUCCGUAAAACCGUGUUAUGCGCAGGCGCACUUCUCGUACUCGUCUUCAUACUUUCACCAAUGGUACCAAAUAUGGCGUUGCUAUUUUUAACGUUUUCCGUCCCGAUGGCGAUUGCGUGUUCCAUACUUAGUUGCGCGACAUUCACCACAAUUAGGGAGUGUUUCGAGAAACACGAAGGUGUUGCAUUUGGAAUCAAAUCCAGUAUGAACGCGUUGGGGACAGUACUGUUUUCCGUCUUCUUACCAAUACUCCUAACGAAACUUGAUUGGCAAAGGACUUUCCUGAUUUUAAUUGGCAUCAGUUUUAUUACAUUUUUGUAUGCGUUAAUGUACAACGAUGCUGGAACGACAGAGGACUAUCGAAGCGAAAGAAUAUGUAGUGUGAGUACCGUGAUCAGCUUGCCCACCAAGGAGUUCUCAAAGAACGAUUUGAAAAUCUACUGGAAAUUAUUGAAGAAUAAGAAGCUCCUGGUUUUUCUACUGGCGCAUACGGUGUUCACGAUUGUUGUCUUUAUGCCUCCAAUCUUCAUGGUACGUUAUUCCAAUGUUUUUCUUCUUCUACAUUUCCAUUUCUUUCUCACCAUCUUCCAAUAUUUCUAUUCCUAUUUCUUAUCUUGUUUUCAUUCAUCCAUGCAGUGAUCUACUAAUUCUUUCUUCCUUCGUUCUUGUAUUUAUCCUUUUUCAAUCUACGCAUUGCUCAUGCAUCCACACUUCCUCCAUUCCAUUCUUUCUACCGCUCUCCUUUCCUUCCUUUCCUCUUUCUUUCCAUUCUUCCACGUUUUCUUUCAUUUAUUUCGUUUUUCGUUUCUUCCAAUUUAAUCCACUAUCCUAAUUUCCUUCAUAUUCUAAAGGUCCAUUUACACUUGCAAUUUUUGCUGCGAUUUUAGGUACGAUUUUCUUCUUCGGAUGGUGCGAUUCUUCUUCGCAUAUGGGAACAUAUGCUCGGAACAUUCGUAACCUAUCUACUCGUUGUUCGCAGGUGGCAGAAGAAGAAAAAUGUACUAGAAAUCGCAGCAGGGCUGUUUUAGUUUACGAGUUAGUUCUCCCACCAAACAUUUCUAACGGAAACAUAAAUUCCUCUAUUCCACAGGUGCAAUUCGCUACAAAUCUUGGUCAUCAUUUAUCCAAAUCCAAAUGGUUAAUGAUCGUUCGAGGAAUUGUAGCAGUAGUCGUUAGAUCAAUUGCUGGUCGUCUUGGAGACGUAGCUCAAAGGCGGAGAAAAGUUAGAUAUCUAAUGCUAAUCGUGAUGAUAUUAUUUAGCAUUGCAACCAUUUUAUGCGCUUUCACAAAAUCCUUUACAUGGAUGAUGGUCUACAUGAGUUUCGUGUCGCUUGUGGACAGUAUUUACUGGGUUGUAAUACCGUUGCAUGUCAGCGAGGUCACAGAUAAAAGUUAUUCAGAACAUGCAUUCGCAUUGUUCAGUUGUGCUGGUUCAUUUGCAACUCUUGGAGGUCCACCAUUUUUAGGUAAGCAUUUUUCAAAAUUUGAGUAGUUGAUUAAAAACAAAUUAAAUACUAGUUUGCUAUAUUGGUAUUCAAGAAUUAUCUACACUACCGCUUAGAAAUAGCCUAACAAAAAGCGUCAAUAAUAUGCGACAGAUUCUCAAAUCAGGGGCCGGUUGUAUAAAAAAGUGAUUAAAGUUAACUAUGAUUAAGUGGAAACGUCAUCCAAUAAGAAGCGCCUAUUUGAGAGUUAAUCACUAUUUAACUACAAAAUAGUGAUUAAAAAAGUGAUUAAGAGUUUUAUACAACCGGCCCCAGGCAACCGCGUCCUUGCCACAACUGAACCGCGUCCUUGCCGCUACUCCGCAACGUACUAAACCACAACCGUGUAUGUGAACCGCAGGUGUAGGUUACUCUUGCGGUACUGAAUCUAUCUAAAUUAAUUUUUCUUUUACCCAAAUAAUAUAAUUUAAAUCAUUGCGAAUGUUUCUUUCAUAAAUUCCCUAUGGUAAUAUAAAAACAACACCGACCGUUUUCAGCUUGUACCCUGUGUUGUAAACUCUAAUUGAAAUCUCUCAAUUUCUUAUUCAGGUUGGAUUUAUGACACUACUGGUGAUUCCAGUCCAGUUAUGCAGACAGCCUCUGCGAUAUCUGCUAUAGCAGCGUGUCUGAUAGCUCUAAGACUUUACGUGGCCAAGGAUAAUGACCCUAUGUCAGUGGUUAUCUCAGAAGAGUUGGUUAGCAAUGACGAUAAUGUUUUUAUUGAUGAAGAUUUUACAACAUCAACGACUGUUGUUUACAUGACACAACAUAAUAUGCAGUAUGUUACUGUCGUAUAACAUAUUAAAUAUCGUAGUUUAGUUAGCACUAUCUUUUAUUUAUUUAUCGUAAGGAUAUAUUUAUGAUAGCUUUAAAAGCAACUAGUAUAUUUAUGGUAAUAUUUAAAACUUAACAGUUAAGUUAGCACAAAGCAAAUGUGUAAUGUUAAGGUGACAUUUUAAGAAAUGAGGAGGUCAAAUUGUGAUCUAAAAGCGGCCUUCUCGACAUAUGUGCAACCCUAGUCCCUACCCUAACCUGUAUAUUUUGUAGAAAAUAGAUUGUGGUUGUAUAUAUCUCGAGAAAGUGGUUGUGAUUCUUGAAAAACUUCAGCAGAGAAUUUAUAUAUGUAGUUAUUAAUUUCAAGUCAAAAUUCAGUAUACAUUCAACAAUUGACAAGGGUUAAAAGACGCUAGAAGUAUAGAUAUAGUUUAAACUCUGAAAUCAAAUUUUCGGUGUAAUUUAUAUGAAAAACAUUUGUUAAACCAGCUGUAUAUUGACUGCAACCCUACCACGGUUUGACCUCGGCGCAAACGUAUGUAUUACGUAUCUAAUAAUUUAAUAAAAAGUAUGUUGUAUAUAUUCAAUAUAUAUAUAUAGUUGUGUAUGUAUCAGUACGUUAUUUAGUAAAUAUAGUUUUGUAGAUGGACGCACCUCAGAAAACAGUACAUAUUAUAAAGGAUAUAGCGUCGUUAAAUAAAAGAUAAACAUUAGGUUGUAGACCUAGAAGUAUUUAUAGGAUGGAGUCAUAAUUAUUGUCUAUGACAUAAAAUGUAAUCUAGUGUAGUCAAUGCUAUGAAAAAGCGAAUUAGUCAACGUAAUUUUUAAAAAUGUUAGGCACAUGCAAUAGCCAAAUCGAGUUGUUGAAAAGACUUAAACGACUAUACUUUACUCCUUUAUAUAAGCUUUGCGUAAAUCCUCGCUAUCGGUACAGAAAUUAGCAUAUUUGACGAAGAGUAUUUGUUUGGAAUGAUGGU